CGUCUCCUUCCCUCAAAUCUCCAUCUACUUUUUCUAUCAGAUCUAAUUUUUCCAAUCUUUUCUAUCAGACCGAUCCCGCACCCGUUCACCCGACGAGAGAGACCACCACCGUCGAUUGAGGUUUCAUUCUCGAUGGCGGCCACAUCAGCAACCACACUCUCGAUCGGAUCUCCCAUCUCCGGCCACCGAAUGCAAUCCCGAGCCUUCACUCUCAACCCCAACUUCCGGCCCACGCCUUCCCUUCAAACCCACAGCCGCCUAAACUCAUCCUUCCUCGGCAAAUCCCCCGAAACCCUCACUUUCACUUCCUCAAAACAAAUCCAUAAAAAACGGCCUUUUUCCACCCAAGCUUCCUUCAACGUCGCCAUUCUCGGCGCAGCCGGCGGAAUCGGCCAGCCUUUGGCCCUCCUCGCGAAAAUGUUCCCUCUCGUCUCCUCCCUCAACCUCUACGACAUCGCCAACGUGAAAGGCGUCGCCGCUGACCUCAGCCACUGCAACACCCCGUCCGCCGUCCGAGACUUCACCGGAGCUUCCGAGCUCUCCGACUGCCUGAAAGACGCCAACGUCGUCGUGAUUCCGGCCGGCGUCCCGCGCAAGCCUGGGAUGACGCGCGACGACCUCUUCAACAUCAACGCCAACAUCGUGAAGAGCCUCGUCGAGGCCGUGGCCGACACCUGUCCCGACGCGUUCGUCCACGUCAUCAGCAACCCGGUCAACUCGACCGUCCCGAUCGCAGCCGAGGUGCUAAAACGGAAGGGCGUUUACGACCCGAAGAGGCUUUUCGGCGUGACGACACUCGACGUGGUCCGAGCGAACACGUUCGUUGCCGAGAAGAAGGGCUUGAAGCUGAUUGAUGUGGACGUGCCGGUUGUCGGGGGGCACGCCGGAAUUACGAUUUUGCCCCUGCUUUCGAAGACGAGGCCCUUGACGAGUUAUUCGCAGGAGGAGGCGGCGGAGCUGACGUGGAGGAUACAGAAUGCGGGGACGGAGGUGGUGGAGGCGAAGGCGGGCGCGGGGUCUGCCACGCUGUCGAUGGCUUACGCGGCGGCUCGGUUUUUGGAGUCGUCUCUGAGGGCACUUGAUGGGGAUACGGAUGUUUACGAGUUUGCGUAUGUUGAGUCGAGCGUAGUGGCCGAGUUGCCGUUUUUCGCGUCGAGGGUGAAGAUUGGGAGGGAAGGGGUGGAAGGGUUUGUGAAGAAGGAUCUCGAGGGGUUGACGGAGUAUGAGAGUAAGGGAUUGGAGGAGCUGAAGCCGGAGCUGAAGGCGAGUAUUGAGAAAGGGGUGGAUUUCGUCAGGAAGCAGGCUGUGGCAGCUUGAGCAGCGUUUGG